ACUGAGUCGGUGCCGCCUGUCAGUCCGAUCAGCUGAUCACAUCGUCGGUCGGACCAAAACAGCUACCGCUAGCGUCAUGUAGCUGGUGGUAAAAGUUGUGACAGGACAUGGCCGUUUGAUCGUUUGCGAUAAGUGAGGGUCAGAGGUCACUGGUAAACUGAUUUAGUGAGGUUUCUGAUGACUUCUCUGCUGACUCUGUGAGCUGUGCCUUAUCCUGGCUCUAGAGAGCCAUUGAGAGACUGAGCCAGCAACCAGAUUAACAGCUUUAACUGGAAACUAACUAUGCCUUAUCUCUGAGGAUGGGUGGAAGUGGAUCCAAAGCCAAAGGGGUCUGGCCUUUCUCAGGCAGUGGAGCUGGAGGGGAUUCACCUAGUGAUGGGAACGAGCAGUCUGUAGCCCGCCUCAAAGGUUCCAGAAAUGCAACCCCCUUUGUUUUUACCAGACGGAGCUCUUUGUACUAUGACGAGGAUGGGGACCUUGCUCACGAAUUUUAUGAAGAGACAGUGGUGACAAAAAAUGGCAGAAAAAAGUCCAAGUUGAAGAGAAUCCAGAAAAAUCUGAUCCCACAGGGCAUUGUGAAGUUGGACCAUCCCUGUAUUCAUGUAGACUUCCCCAUCGUGCUCUGUGAGGUGUGAAAAGUUGCACAGGACUGAUAAAUUAUGAAGUGCAGCCAAAGGUUCUCGUCCCAGAGCAAGGUUUUGUUCUGGUCUGCAAGUGUUGUGGUCAAGACUUGGACCAUGGCAUUUAGAGAAGAAGGACAAUUCUGUCAUAUUAAACGGAUAUAUUGAAUUAAAUGUUACGCAUUUUAAUUCAGCUAUGGUCAAAGGGUGCCCUGUUCACAAAAACCCGAACUGAUAAUCCAGCUGAUAUGUACGCAGUCAUAGAGAAUACAUGAUAAAGCUGUAUUUCUCUUGUAGGUCUUUUGCAGGGAAAAACAUUCUCGAUGUGAAAAGGCUUUAAUGGUUAAUGCCUUCUGUGAGACGUAGAGUGACAUUGUAUGUGUCUUUGUACGUGUACAUGUGUGCACUUAGCUUUGAGAGUAUGUGAGCGAGAGGGACUGAAGAUAUGCUGACAGGGUAGAAAAAUGAAGGGGUUGUGAAAUUUAUUGUAUAUAUGGUCAUGUUCUGUACUGUCACGUCUGAGUCUGUCUCAGUUACCGAAGCUCAGACCUGCACUAGUGAACAUAAUGUACUGUAAAUAAUAUCAGAUUUCUUAGUUGGAAAUACUUGAAUAAAUGGUUUACUGAGCUGAA